CAAUCAAAAUGGAGAACUUUAUCAUAAAGUCUCUAAUAAUUUCUUCAAUACUCUUACUACUACUCUAUUUUGUUUUAAGAUUUUGUUACUCCAUUUGGUGGAAGCCCAAACAGCUAGAGAAGCAAUUAAAGCAGCAAGGAAUCAGAGGCACUCCCUACAAGUUGCUGAUUGGGGACAUGAGAGAGUUUGUGAGACAAAUUACUGAGGCAUGGUCCAAACCACUCCAUCUCACCCACCACAUUGUGCCACGUGUCGACCCUUUCACACAUGAUAUUGUCCAAAAACAUGGGAAGGUGGGAUUUUGUUGGGUUGGGACAACACCUAGACUGAUUAUCAAGGAUCCAGAGUUGAUGAAAGAAGUGCUGUGUAACAAGCUAGGUCACUUUCAAAAGCCUUCACUAAACCCACUUAUUCUCAGUCUUACAAGAGGACUUACUACCCUAGAAGGUGAAAAGUGGGCCAAACACAGAAGGAUCAUCAAUCCUGCUUUCCACCUUGAAAAAUUGAAGGGGAUGAUACCAGUAUUUGCAUCCAGCUCUGACAUGUUGAUCCAGAAAUGGAAGAAAUCAGUUGGUCAUCAAGGACACUGUGAAAUGGAUGUCUGGCCUGAAUUUCAGAGUCUUACCGGAGAUAUUAUCUCUCGAGCAGCAUUUGGAAGCAACUAUGAAGAAGGAAAGAAUAUCCUUGAACUCCAAAAGGAGCUGCAAGUACUAGUUGUUGAAGCUAUGCAAACCUUAUACAUUCCUGGUUUCAGAUUUAUUCCUACAAAAAAGAACCAGAGAAGAAAGAACUUGAACAAAAGGAUCACAUCAAUGCUCAGAACUUUGAUCCAGAGGAAAGAGAGCGCGAUGAGAGCUGGUGAAUCCAGGGUUGAUGACUUACUAGGCGUGCUCUUGCAAUCUAAUCACCAGGACAAUUCACCACAUAAUGCAAGCAGCAAUGAAACAAAUGGCUUGACAAUUGAAGAGGUGAUAGAAGAAUGCAAGCUGUUCUACCUUGCAGGCCAUGAGACAACGUCGAGCUGGUUAACGUGGUCCAUGGUUGUCCUAGCCAUGCACCCCGACUGGCAAGGGAAGGCUAGGGAAGAAGUACUACAAACAUUUGGGAAAAGGGAUCCUGAUUUUGAAGCUAUAAGCCACCUAAAAAUUGUAACUAUGAUACUUUAUGAAGUACAAAGGUUAUAUCCACCUGUGAUUGGUCUGUACCUACAUGCUUAUGGGGAAACCAAGAUCGGAGAUAUAACCCUUCCUGCUGGGGUUGAUCUUAAUUUGCCUACAUUACUUGUUCAUCAUGAUCCAGAACUUUGGGGCAACGACGCGGAAGAAUUUAAACCAGAAAGGUUCUCCGAAGGAGUUUCGAAGGCAUCUAAGGAUCAACUAGCUUUCUUUCCAUUUGGAUGGGGACCAAGGACCUGCAUUGGCCAAAAUUUUGCCAUGAUAGAAGCUAAGGUGGCCUUGGCUAUGAUUUUACAACAUUUCUCAUUUGAACUCUCACCCUCCUACACUCAUUCUCCUCAUACUGUCGUGACUCUUCAGCCACAACAUGGAGCUCAGAUUAUCUUACACCCACUUCAUUAAUUAUUAAGCUAGGCCAAUCUGCAUGCUAAAGAAUCUACAUGUGACAUAGAAAAUAAAGGGAUUUAGCAUCCAGAAAGUUUCUAUGUUCUAUGUUUGUGCAAGUGUGUUGUUUUAAUAUUUUGGCAAUAAGUUUUGGACCUCCAACUUUGCUAUGAUUUGGGUAUUUAUAAUUCAGUCCUCUUUUUCAUUUUCCUGUAAUAUCUGUUAUUGUUAAGA